ACGUCAGACUUUCGAGUGUCCAAUUAAAAUGCGCUGAGUACAUUAUCCAGCAUCAGAGCCGCGGGAGGGCUGACAUUUAUGGUGAUGAGGAUGAUGGCCCUUUGGAAGCUAAAGUCAACAGCGAAACUUCCUUUUGACGGGGUGAACAAACACAGACCUGCCAGCGAGGCGGUAAGAACACUCUUUAGGAUCCAAAAGGUACCAAAUGAGCUUUAUUGACUCACGCUCGCGCACACACACACAAAAAAACACACACACACACACACAUGCAUAUGCACGCACACACACCUUCAUUCCUAGUAUAAAUUAAUCAUUGCUAAGCCCUGACACACCUUUUAUAAGCAUCGGUGACGCCCUGCACACGGCAUAAGAGAAGAAAAGUCGCCGCCAGAUAGCAUCUCUGCGUCGUGGUGCUCCUCUCGCUCGCCAUGAAAACUGUAGUCGUGCUCGUCUUGCUGCUGUACGUGUGCACUGCCUUAUGUGUGCAGGUCAAGGAUGGCCACAGGAUGUUCCCCUUAGAGGCGGUGAAGAAGCUGAAGGCGCUGAUGGACAAAGCGGGGACACAUCUCGGUCCCCGGCUCGCCCACAGCACUGCGGUGGUUGCCGUGUGCACCGAUCCCAUACUGCCACGAGUUUUUUAUCCCGUGUGCCAAGGCCAAGGUGCUGCCGAGGUCUUCUCCAGACUUGUGAAUGUCCUCAUGUCUUCUGACCCAUGUGAGAUAUGCGCCAACCCCUCCUGCUUUGGCUGUCUGCACUGAGACUGACGUUACAAUCAGUAAUCAUCAUCUGCAAGCAACAAGAAAAAUGAUGACACACUUUCAUGUUUUGUUGUUUGUUUUUAGUUAAGUUUCCAGAAUCGUAAUUAUUCUUUUAAAUGAUCGACUCAUUUUUCAGGUUAGACUAUUUAAUGACUCUGUCUUGCGAAUAAAAUGUGCUUUCUUUA